CUCUACUCGGUGCUUGUGUAAAUAGGUCCUAUAAACUGAAGUCCAGUUGAACACUGACUGGCUGACUGGUGAUGAAGCUGGUUCCAGCUGAUAUUUGGGGAUUACCGUAGGAUUAAACUAAAGGAUUAGCAGCUGAAUGCCAUUGAUCAAGGAUUAAACGUGAGAAGCGAAAAUUGAAAACCAAUUUACUGGAUGAUGAAUAUUGUUAGAGUGGAUGAAGUGUGGCAACUUGCGUGUGAUAGAAAAAUGUGAUCAAUCACCGUGCGACUCCAUCGUCUCGUGCACAUUCAGUGGAGAAGGCAGCGCUAAUGGAAUUUUGCGGAAAAUUGGAUCGCACCAUCGCUAGCAAGUGAACCGGAAAACAGCUAGUGUAUGGCAAACGCUACCAGAUCCAGUAUAUCCUUUUCUGGCUUCAAAGUGCAAUUCUCACAUGGAUUCGCGAUCUCGGUCAGUGGUGUGGCAAAUGACGAAACACGUGCAUGAGUAAUAAACAUCCGGGCUAAUGGUUUCGCUAAUGGAAAGUUAUAAAUAAAUGUAUACCAUGAGGCAAACCAGUGCUGUUUUCUAAAAUCCGAGACGGUGUGCGAACGGAAGAGCGCAGGAAUACUAGUGUCCUUGUUGCAGAAGUCGGAAACAUUCGUUGCAUUUGCUGACGAUAGAACUUGUGCAUAUCAUACAACAUACAGCUCGUCAUCGCCACCGAGCAUUCCCGUCGACACGUUCCGUGCCGCAUGUGGAGCGAUAGUAGAGGCUGCAACGGCAGGCUGUGCACUGUGCUGGCAUUUGGAGAACUUCGGAGAUGCCAUUGGAGCAACAUCACGCCGAACACGAACAACGAGAUCCGUAAUAUUGUGAAAGCCGAUGCCUUGUGAGUCCAAAGUGUGUGCCCAUAAAUGUAUUCCACCAUCGUCUUGACGUAUGGCUAUGUACUACUAUGCAAGCAAAUUGUCAGCAGUAGCAUGUGGCACUCGUUGCCGACAGGGAUUAACCAGACGACAGCGCAAUCGUAACGGCCGGCACCAAGGCAAGAAGAAGGACGAUGAAGAUUCCGACGAUAAUAACAAAGAUAAAAAGACCCUGUCCUCGGUGCUGUACGACAGCACAGAUGACACAAUCGUGAUAGCGGUGGAGGCGUCGGAGCAACCAGAAGUGUGCUGCGAAAGCACUCCCACAUUCACGCAUGCAGUGCUUGGCACCGGUGGGGUGAUGUACGGGAAUGGUAACAUCGUGUCCGGUCCAAUGGAGUCUCUGAUCGAAUUGCUGAUGCCAGCAAACUCCGAUGAACUGGAUCAGGAAUACGUUUUCUCCUUCCUGCUAUCCUGCCGAUUUUUCAUUCGAACCCACGAGUUGCUGGGGAAGCUGCUGGACACCGUACCCGAGCCGGAACCGUUGGAUUGUCUCGUGCCACUGUUGGCCAUUUGGACCAAGAUGUUCCCGUACGAUUUUCGAGACGAACGAAUGAUGAAUCAUGUUAAACAUAUCGUAGCUAGAUGUGCAGACACUAAGUUAGCCGAAGUGGUGUCUGAACUACUGUGUGCCUUGUUAGCUCGUCUAACUGAACUCGAAAAACACGAAGAUGAACUCAAAAGCUAUCAAUCAACCGUUGACAAUAAGACUGAAUCAAUAACAUGGCCAAAUGCUUCACAAUUAGCGCAAGUUUUAUGCAGAAUCGAACGAAACCUAGCGAAACACGUUGGACCGGAAGAAUUUGUGCAGUGUAGUGCAAAUCUGCUGAAAGACCCCAAUCGGGAGGAUUUUACUCCCAGGCCGCACGGCUCCAGUGCACCCAUUGGAGGAGUUACGCUGGAUGGGAAGAAAACCUGCAACCUGGAGAGUUACUUAGAGUGGUCCGCCAAACUGCGACUGUUGGUAGCUAACGAAAUAUUGAAGGUAAGCGAAAUUGCAAUGAUGUACAUUUCAAUUAUACAGAAUAUUUUAGUAUAA